AUGGUGACAGCAGUUUCCUUUUUCGCGACCGCACUGCUGGGCUGCGCGGCUGGUCGUUUACUCGUGCCCUCGCCCGGAAACAUCAAGUCCCUCCUCGCCACCCGCGAGGCAUCACAGCGGCCUUUGGGUUCCUCUGAAACGGCGCCAAUCUCCUUCACGUCGCGCAAAGGCUCGUCGUACAAAGCGGGAAACUAUACGCGCAUCGAGCAGGAUGGCAGCACAUGCACAUCCUAUGGCGAGCGGCAGUGGACUGGCACGGUCGACGUGUCGGACGAUCGCAGGCUGUUUUACUGGUUCGCUGAGAGCCGCAAUGACCCGGCCAAGGAUCCCGUCAUUCUUUGGAUGAAUGGCGGGCCGGGCGGAUCGUCGCUCAUCGGCCUCUUUACUGAGAUGGGCCCGUGUGUACUCGAGGUGAAUGCGACCGAGCCGGUGCCCAAUCCCUGGGCGUGGAACAAUAAUGCGUCGGUUGUCUUUUUGGACCAGCCGGCCGGCACGGGCUUCUCGUCUGUAGCAGAAAGGGGUCAAGCACCGUCGUCGGACGAGGAUAGCGCGAUCGACUUUCAAAAUUUUCUUAAUAUAUUCUUCCGAGAUGUCUUUCCCGAAAAAGGCAAGCUGCCGCUCUACAUUGCGGGGGAGUCCUAUGCUGGCCACUUUACAUCUACGUAUACCAAGCAUAUUCUCGACGCUCGAGCACUUAAUUCCAAGGACGCCUUUUGGGGCGACAUUGCUGGCUUAAUCAACGUGAAUGCGGUACUUGACUGGACCGCGGUCGGCAUCGGGGCGUAUGAGCUAUUGUGCUCCGACUAUCGCGGUCGCGAUUUUCUCGAGUCAGAGGAGUGCGACCACAUUCGUCUGUCACUGCCAGAGCUGGCGCGCCUUGGGCAAGAGUGCCGUCAAAGUACAACAAAAUACGGCUGUCUUGGAUUACAACUUUUCUGGGUGGAAAAUAUUGAUGGCAUCUAUCGAAAGCGCAUCAAUUCCGGUGAACGCAACAACUACGACGUCAAUAUUCCAUGCGUGGGUGAGAAUGGCUUUUGCGAAGACAUGCGCCACGGAAACUUUUCCAGGUACCUCAACCAAGAUCACAUCAAAAAAGCCAUUGGCGUACCCGAGUCAAUGAACUUUCAAAUCCUUGACACAGCUGUUGGCGAGGCCUAUGCAAUUGCAAUGUCACAGAGCAGAGCACGGACAUUGGAAUCUGUACUUGAUGCACCUGCUGGCUCUGGUCUAGACGGUAUACGUCUUCUGGUUCUCAACGGCAACGAGGACUACAUUGUCAACACGCCGGGCCAAAAGUGGCAGUACGACAACCUUUUCUGGGGCGGGUACGCAGAUUACCGAAUCAGCAAAUGGAGCGACCUGCCUGAAGACGUCAACGCGACCGGAUUUUGGAAGGGCACAGAAGAUGGACGCCUGGUGUUUGUCGGCGUGGAUGGUGCGGGCCACGGGGUACCGAGCUAUCUGCCCGAGGCCAGCUACCGUAUUUUGCAGCGCUGGAUCGCCAAUGAGUGGCGUUAA